AUGGGGUUGUUUAGAGUAAAGGCGAGGCGUUUCCUGGGGCCCAACGUGUACCCAGAGGCCCCUGAUGGAGGAUGGGGGUGGGUGGUGGCGGUGGCCUUCUUCUUUGUGGAGGCUUUCUCCUACGGCAUCAUCAAGAGUUUUGGCAUCUUCCUCGAAGACCUCAUGAACGAGUUUCAGGAGACAAACAGUCGGAUCUCCUGGAUCGUUUCCAUCUGUGUGUUUGUCAUGACGUUCAAUGGUCCUCUCUCCUCCAUGAUGACUAACCGCCUUGGGUUCCAAGUUGUUGUCGUGAUUGGUGGAAUACUCAUUACCGUGGGAACCAUUGCCACCAGCUUUGCCAACUCUGUUAAUCAAAUGUACAUCACCUAUGGAUUGAUUGCAGGCAUGGGCUACAGCCUGACCUUCCUGCCAACUGUGUCCCUCCUGUCGCAGUACUUCAGUCGCCGACGGUCUCUGGUCACAGCUGUGGCGUCCACUGGAGAAUCUCUGGCCAUCUUUGCCCUGGCACCAGCCUUUUCUGCACUGAAGGACCAUAUUGGAUGGCGACAUACUAUGGCAGUAAUAGGAACUUUACAGAGCACUGUUAUCAUUUGUGGUGUUCUGCUUCGGCCAAUCGUUAUCAAACCCAAAGAGAUCCAUAUGAAUGGCAACGCAUCCUCAAAAGAGGCGGAAGCCCUCACUACACAGGAAACCGAUGACAUCCAAAGAACGGAUGACUCACGCACACAACCAAAUACCUCAAGCAGUCCGGACAAAAAGUCCAGCACUGGAGACUUAAAGGACACAGCGAACGGCUACCCAGAGGGGAAGAGUUUACUAAACAAAGACACUGGGUCAGAGGCAGAGCAGAAGGAAGUAGAAAGUCAACUCGCAAACAAGUGUGAGAAAAAGGACAAAGACGCAGAGAAACAAGAAGUGCAAGAUGAGGAAGCUCAAAAAAGUGCUGAGAAGAUAGUUGCAAAGAACUGCAAACUACUCGAUUUCUCCGUUCUCAGGGAGCCCAGCUUUAUUUUCUACUCUCUGUUUGGACUUUUUGCCACGCUCGGUUUCUUCGCGCCUCAGCUGUACGUCAUUGAGCUGAGCGCGAGUCGAGGUGUGGAGCGUGCCACCUACAUGCUCUCCACCAUGGCUGUGGCUGAAAUCGUGGGCCGCUUCACCAUCGGGUGGGUGCUGACAUGGAAGCAGUUGGCCGAUAAGAAGCUUUUUGUUCUUCUGGCAUGCAUCAUUGCACUGACUGUUGACCUGGUGGGAUUUACUCUGGCUACGGAGGUCUGCGGCCUGGCUGUGUGCUGCGCGGUGUAUGGCUUCUUUAUGGGAACUGUGGCAUGCACUCACAUCCCCAUGCUGGCUGAGGAUGAUGUGGUGGGCAUAGAGAGGAUGUCUCCAGCCGCUGGCGUCUACGUGUUUAUACAAAGUUUCGCCGGGCUCGCUGGACCCCCACUCGGAGGUGUGAUUGUGGACGUGACAAAAAAUUACGGCUCAGCCUUCUACUCCUUCGCAGCCGGCAUGGCACUGAGUGCGAUAUUCCUGGGUUUGGUAAAACCUGCAAAGAGAUGGUUACUCUGUAAUAAGACAAACUCAGAACACCCAGAGGAUCCAGACCAACAUGAAAUGAACAAGGACUGUGGAGAACAGAGCCCAGUACUGGAGCCGCACAAAGGAACGGACAAUAUUCAGGACUCCUUGAAAGUCAAUGGUGACUUGGACCACAACCAGAUGGGGGCCACAAGCGACGUCCAGGAUGUUAUCCGUUUUGCUUGAGCUGUUGACACAUUACAAGUAUAUUAAAAGAAUGAAGCCAUACGACUGUAAAUUAUUAGCUAAAGAAUGUUGGACAUGUGUUGUCUUCCACUGUAGGUCUUCUGACAACAAUCUCAAAAACCUCUAGAUCACAGUAUGUAUGAGAACGCCUUACAUACCUGAUAAAUGAUAAUGUUCUACUAGAGUCAGUACUGUAGAAUUAUUAUUACUAUUCAAUUGCUGUUAAGUAAUUGUGACAUACGAAUGAAUGGGCAUAGAAGUCUUUAAAUGGAUCAUCAAUCAUGAUGGAAGUGCCUUAGUAUUUGAUGUUCCAGAGGGAAGAUUCACAUACUUGAUGUACUAAUUACUUACUACUACCAUAAAGUUAUUAAAAACUGUGAAACAAAUGUUGCUGAAAUACCAAUAAAUUGCACAGACUGUACGUUUUUUAAGAAAACACAUACAACUCAGGAGCAUGUAAUUAAAUUUUUUUAAUCAA